AACAUGCCUGAUAAGGCAACAGAGGAGAAAGCAAAUCUCGCAAAGAAGUUGGCCGAGCAAAGGGCCAAGGGCGUAGAGGGCAUCCCUACGACUGCCAAGCUCAAAAUCGACGAGUUUGAGUCUAACGUCAAUGAGAUUAAAGACCCUUUCCCUCCAGCAGACUUUCCUGGUGAUGAUGAGGAGGAGGACCCUGAGAUCCCAGAAAGCCCUAGACCUCGUCCGAUGGCAGAUCUGCAGCUGAAGGAGGAAGCAGUGCCGAUGCCAGAAGCCAGCUCAUUUUUUAUCUUUGGACCUCAGAACAA